GUUUUUUCUUUGCCAUUGUUUUCCGUUGUCGUUGCUGCUUUAACCCAUCAAUUUCUGCCACGCUCAUUGACAUCCGAUGAGUCCCAUCUUUUUGCAAGAAGCUAGUGUUUACAACCCCUGCAUUGUCCAACUGAUAUGAUUGAUAUCUAGUCGUUCCCAAGUUCCCAACCAACCAAUCACAUACAUGUUGGACUGCAUGGCACCGCAUACGAUAAUUUGAUUCGGCCGGGGCUUUUCGGUUCGCAUCACUGAUAUAUUGAACCUACUUAUCAGCGUUUGAACCUUGACUCUAGACGCCCGCAUACUCCAUCAACCAACGGCCACAAUGCUGCCCUCGCUGGACGUCCUGCGUCUCCCUACAACUAGGGUACUACUCACAACCGAGACCUUCACUUCUCGUGUCCUUCCACCAGUCGCAUGUUACUUUGUCACAGCUUUUCUUGUCCUGCUGCCCCGAACGCAGCCAGUCCGCAUUGCGUUAUGGCCCAUCACCACGAUCCUUGCACUUCGCGCGGCGACAUCGUUAGACAUGUGCAUGGGGCAACCGAAACUUGCCUUUUUCAAUAUCGAUCUGCAGCUAUCUAUGGUCUGUAUUGCAGCACGCACCUUUGAAUGGACGGUGCAGACGAAACCCUUUAUUCGUGCAGCUCGCUCGUCAACUGACGCACCAAAGCGAAAUAUUGUGCUCGACACAAUUGAUUUGGCAUGCAACCUUCGAGGCUGUGGCUGGGACUGGUCGAAGGGACUGUACAUCCCGCCUGAGACACAUCCUACAUCCUCACGAUUGGCCUUUGCUAAAUCCGUCCUAGUCUCUUGUCUCAAGCACUUAUUUCUUUGCGGCGCGAUUCACUCUGCCGUGCAAUCUUUCUCUCCAGAUACAUUCGGAUCUGUUGAUGGUGGUACCAUCUUCGACGACUCACUUCCCCCGCACCUCCGUUAUUUACGAUCGAGCAUCAUAGCGACGAUGUGUGCAUUCGGCAUCUACUCAGUACUCCAAGCCGGUUACGAACUCACGGUAUUUAUGUGUGUACUGUUGUUCAGACAACAUCCAGAGCAAUGUCCCCCCUCAUUCGACUCUCCCUGGCGCGCCACUUCUCUCAGAGAAUUCUGGAGCCGACGCUGGCAUCAGUGGUUCCGUCGGAUAUUCAUUUUCCUCGGGGGAAAGCCAUUUUCUCUGCUCUUUGGGGGUAUCGGGGGCGUCAUAGGCACGUUCCUCGCCUCUGGAGUUUUUCACCACCUCGCACUACUUGCUAUCGACCCGUCCUCGGAGAUGUGGCGCAUGCUUCUGCCAUUUGGAAUGAUGGGCACUGGUGUGGUGAUCGAGCGUGCUGUUGCGGGGAUUAAGACAGGUGGCUGGAUAGGAUGGAUGUGGACAAUGUGCUGGCUGAUGUUGUGGGGGAACGUGAUGGUGGAUGGGUGGGCGAGAGCUGGGAUGCUUGGGGGUUCGAGCGUUUUGGAUAGUGCGACGCCUGUAAGGCAACCGAUUGAGCGGCUGGUGAGGACGUUUGAUAAGUAUCUGCAUACACGUUAGCAGAAAACCAUGAUGGUAGGAAGUUGUAGAUGAUCCAGUAUCUGAUACUAAAAUUGUGGAAACGAGAGCAGUUAGUUCAAUGCAAAUUUCUGAAUGCUA